AUGGAGAGACCAGGAGGUGCCCUCGAGUGGGGCAGCACCCACACCUCCACCUUUGAGCUCAAGAAAACAGGCCUCCUGGUACUGACGCGCAAACACGUCCCCCACCCAUCACAACCACGCGCCAGCGUCCCCACGCCACGGCCGUCUAUCGCCAUUGGUGGACAGGUCAUCCAGCCAUCCCCCUCGCACCGCUUCCUGGGUGUCAUCAUUGAUGACCAGCUGCGUUGGCGGGAGCAGGCUGUCCACGCUCUCGUGAAAGGCAUGACCUACGUCCUGGCGUGCCGCCAACUCACGAUUGCUAGUAAGGGCAUCCGGGCCCCCUUCAUAUGUAGACUCUACAUUUCUGUUGUCAUUCCUAAGUUACUUUAUGCUGCUGACAUCUGGGCCACCUCUUCACUUUCACAGGACCUCCAUGACAUCAAGAAGGCGCUGAGGCAGCUCCGGGGGGUGGCUCGACUGCUCGCGCGUGUGCAACGCGAGGCGGCACACCAGGUAACGGGCGGCAUGGCGUCGACUGCGACAGACGUCCUGGAUUUUCAUGCCAAUUUCCUCCCUUUCUCGCAGCUACUGCAUCGGGUAUGCGCACGAGCGGCCUUACGACUUGCGUCCCUAGCCAAGGGACACCCCCUCUACCCACUCGUGAGGCGGGCAGCCACUUUCCGCCGGCACCACUGCGCGCCCCUUCACACACUCCUGCACACCUUUGCCAUCACCCCGGGCGAGAUGGAGGCAAUCACACCAGUCCGACGAGCGCCAACAUGGAUCCCCUCACACACGACCAUCAUCCCAAAAUCCAAAGACGCGGCCAAGGAGUCCCACGACGAAGACUCGUCACUCAUCCGGGUGUACUUGGAUGGUUCCAGCCACGGGGGCAAUGUUGGCGCAGGUGCCAUCCUCAUCCACGGCACCACCUCACAUCACCUCCUUUUCCACCUCGGCCCUGCCACGCACCACACAGUCUACGAGGCAGAGCUGGUGGGACUGAUCCUGGGCGCCCACCUACUC